UAAAAAUGCUCGAAUAGCUUAGAAUUGUAGUUUUGUUUUAUUUUAAAAGUAGAAUAUAAUUUCUUCGAUGUAAUCAUGUAAUUAGAUUAUAAAUUUGUUGAUCAAAAUUUAUAUAAUAUAAUAUUAAUUUAUAUAUUGCAUUCUAAUAUGCAUUCUGAUUUAUUUUUUUAUUAAUUAUUACUUAGGGUUUAUGGUUUAUAAUUUAGGAUUUAAAGUUUAGAGUUUGGAGUUUAGGAUUUAGAAUGUAGAGUUUAGGGUUUAAAAUUCAGUGUUUAGGCUUAAGGGUUUAGGGCUUUAUGGUAUAUUUAUAGUAUGGAGUGUAAGUUAAAAAAAAUUAUUAAAAAGUUAAUGGUUUUUAAUUAAUAAAUUUAUUUUCAUCCUAGAUAAUUAAUUAUAUUAUUUCAUUAUAAAAAAUAUUGUAACGAAUUAUAAUUAUUAAGUAUUAUAAAAUUCUAUAAAAGUACAAAUUAAAUCUUUAGGUAUUAAUUAUUAUUUUGUAACAAAAAUUUAUUAAUAUGCUUUUUAAAUUAUUUUAUUGAAGAUUAUGUAUUUCUCUUAUACUUUAAAUAUAUAAUUAUUAUAAAUUAUAAAUUAUAAAACUUGUACAACAAGUACAGAUCCUGCUCUCCAAGUUUAAGUGAUAAGUAAGAUUCUGUACUUCCUCUACAAGUUUAGUGGUUGUUUUUCUAUAAAUACAAAGAAGAAGAGACCAACCCAGCAAAUUCCACUAAAGUAGAAGACGCAGGACGGACACUGCCAGUUAAAAAUCAAAGAAUAGAAAAAAUGACAUGUUUGGGGCGAGUACUGCGAACAGCACGACCAAGUGCCAGAGUUUCCAAAAACCUCAGCUUCUCCCACGACCGCUCUCUGCUCCUCCUUCGCCAUCUUCCUCACCAAACUGAGGGACUGCCCGCUACUACUGCUAUUGCUGGUAGUGAUCAUGGGCCUUACCGCUUCUCCUCCACAAUAUUUCCAGCAGCUGUUGCUGGUUUGUUCGGCAUGCUUCAAGUUGCUUAUGCUGAGGAGGCUGAUUCUCAUUCUCCUACGCUUUACAAACACCUACUGGAUAUUGCUAAGCAAGAAAGAAAUCGAAUUGAAGACUCCUUCAAACUCGAAGGACUGAAAAGUGGUGCUUACCCUGAGUUCAUUGUUGCUGUCAAAGACCAAAAGGUCAUUAUCAAAAUUCAAAUUCCUCCUGCAUGUGAUGUUUCUCAUUUGAUUGCCGACCUGGUUGUAAAUCUUGGAUCGCAAGUGUAUCAUGGUUCUGGUGGUUCUGGUAUGCUGUUACGUGCUUGUGGCAGAGUACUUGCCUGGCAACUAACACUUGGUUAUCCAGAAAAGCUUGAAGAAACCGAUCUGGAUGAAGUGGAGUCAGCUGAAGGAGAUUUAUGCAUUCAAAUUCUCUUGUUCUAUUCACGCUUUGCCACAGAUAAAGCAGAAAUUAGAUUUAUGAAGGGUGGGAGCUUGAGCGCCACAGAACUUAAUGCUCUGGUGUCUGUUUUAAAAUUGGCUGGUCGACAAUUGAGAGCCCCCGGAAGAAAUCCGGGUGAAAAUUGUUAAAGAACAACACUUUUCCUUGAUGAUUCUACAAUGCAAUGUAAUAGAACGAUAAGAAAGAUCUUUUUUUUAAAGUUAUAUCAGUUUCAGAUUUUAGGGAGUAAGUAGUCAAAGUGGAACUAAAAUCAAGGGCUGUAACUUUAGUUAAGCUAGGAGUACAGUUGAAGUUGGUAGUCUACUGGAUGUAAAAGUCUAUAUUUUGAUUUCGCUGUAACUUUGAAUCAAGUGAAUGGAAAGUUAACAAAAAUACUGCA